AUGACCAAUUGCAAACCUCUACUUACACCUCUACCCUCCAAGUAUCCUGUUGAUCUGAAUCUUCAGCUACCGUUUGGACAACCGGAUCUAUUUCGUAAACUCGCUGGUUCACUGCAGUACCUCACAUCGACACGGCCGGAUAUAGCGUUUGCUGUCAACAAGUUGUGCCAACAUAUGCACAAUCCCCUUCUGCUUCAUUUUCAACUGCUUAAACGCGUCUUGCGUUAUUUAAAAGGUACCUUACACCAUGGCCUCUUUCUUCCCAAAACGGACCUGUUUCUCUUUGCCUACUCCGACUCUGACUGGGCGGGUGAUCAACUCGAUCGCAAAUCAACUACUGGCUACUGCAUAUUCUUAGGAACUACUCUUCUUUCCUGGUCCGUUAAAAAGCAAACGACAGUUGCCCGCUCAUCAACUGAAGCAGAAUACCGUUCCAUGGCGGCUGCCGCCGCCGACCUCAUCUGGACCAGACGGCUAUGUGAAGACUUUCAGAUUAACCUCUCUUCAACUGAGCUCUUUUGUGACAACAUCUCUGCAAUGUCAAUAGCCUGCAAUCCCAUUUUUCACGCUCGAACCAAGCAUAUUGAGGUGGAUCAUCACUUUAUACGGGACUGCAUUCAAUCAAACCAGAUAACAGUUCGUCACAUCUCUACCACCGAUCAGCCGGCGGACAUCUUCACCAAGUCUUUAUCAUCCGCUCGCCUUUUCAACUUACGCACCAAGCUUCUUGUUCUCCCGACCAUCAGCUUGCGGGAGGGUGACAUGGUUACUGCAUCCCGCACUAAACCCAAAUUAUUAACACAAGAUGGAGCAGAGCCCGUCGGCGUACAGCAGACCCGUUAUCCAUCUUCUCCUGCCAUCCGACUACUUUAUAACUGUCAAGGGGCAAUGAUGUAA